CUCGUAACAGUUCCGUAAUCUUAUUGUGUAGUACUCGGUGCAUCCUUACAGCAUUUUACACAGCAGUAUUGUCUUUAUUACAAACGCUGGGAUGCACUAUUCCAUACUUCCUGUCCCUUGGGAUCGUCGUGUACAAGAACGCUUCUUUCGAGAUUUUACAAUCAUAUCGCUGGGUUGAGGAUCACGGCGCGUACUUGGAAAAUGAUUUCACGGAAAUUAACGACAGAGCAGUUAAUUGCCAGAAGACUGAAAAUUCGUUCAUGGAAUCACAAAAUUGGAGCUAAAGUCGCACCGCACUAUACUCCUUCAAUGGGCGUUCGCAAUCCGGCUGCUCCAGAAAAGCUGAGUUUGUCUUUGUUAUUGUCAUCUUAUGCGCAUAUGGGCCAUUCGACGUCUUUGUGGAAUCCUUUGACUCAACCUUUUAUUUACGGAAAACGGGAUGGAAUUCAUAUUAUUUCUUUGGAUCAAACAAUGGUGUACUUACGGCGCGCAAUUUCUGUAGUACGAGAAGUUGCAAAGGCCAAAGGAGUAGUUGUCUUCAUAGGAACACGCAACGGUCAAAAGGAUUCAGUAGUAAAUGCAGCAAAACGAGCUCGUGGUUUCCAUGUGUUUGAUCGUUGGCUACCUGGUUUGAUCACCAAUGCAAGAAAUGUACAGGGAAAUCUUGGUGGAAAAAUUGUCGCAGUUGAUGAUAAUGGCAGGGUUGUUCCUACUGAAGAAUCUCCAAAGUUUGUAAUCCCGGACUUGAUGGUCAUUCUUAAUCCUUUGGAGAACAGGGGAGCUUGUUUGGAAGCUCAAAAGGCCUCUAUACCUACCAUUGGGAUCAUUGACUCAGAUGCUGAUCCCAAGAUGGUUACAUAUCCCAUUCCGGCUAAUGACGACUCGUUGCGAUGUACUGAUUUGAUAGUAGGGUUAUUGAGUAAAGCAGCUGAACAAGAGUAUAAUCAAAAUUCUGCUUCUGUUAAUAAAGCAUCUUCUUAUCUCCCCCGUGCUUAACCAUGUUGCAUUCGAAUACCGUUUUGUUCAAAAAAGAAAAGUUUUUGCUUUGCUUAUGAUAUCUAAUACAUACUUUUACCUAAUAUUUACCAUUUUUUAUUAAAACUUCUUUUCACAUCCGAUAAAGAUAGUGUUCACCUUUUUAAGGAAUCAUCUUUAAGA